AUGGAUUACAGUCACGAAACCUCCCUAGUCCCGUGUGGACAAGAUAAAUACAUCUCCAAGAACGAACUUCUCCUGCAUCUGAAGACCUAUAAUUUGUACUAUGAAGGCCAGAAUUUGCAGCUGCGGCACCGUGAGAAGGAUGCUGAGGCCAGUUUCUGCCUCGAUGCGGGAAUGGGCGGUGGCCCCUCUCGGCUGAGCAUUCCGUCCGGCAAUCCCAAGAACGCCAUCAUCAGUGGCCCCUCCGAUGAGGCCCUGACCCUCACGGCAACCAACCUCACCAUCCUGAAGCCCCUCACCGUGCCCAACAUUCAGAUCUCAGAAGUGGAUGCCCCACCGGAGAGUGAACAGACAGCAAGUCCCACAGACUCCAGGGGCCUGAAGACCCUGCAGGAAGACACCCCACAGCUGAUGCGCACGCGCAGUGACGUUGGGGUGCGUCGCCGUGGCAACGUGAGGACACCCAGUGACCAGAGGCGAAUCAGACGCCACCGAUUCUCCAUCAAUGGCCAUUUCUACAACCACAAGACGUCAGUGUUCACGCCGGCCUAUGGUUCUGUCACCAACGUCCGCAUCAACAGCACCAUGACCACCCCACAGGUCCUGAAGCUGCUGCUUAACAAAUUUAAGAUCGAGAAUUCCGCAGAAGAGUUUGCUUUGUAUGUGGUCCAUACCAGCGGUGAGAAACAGAAGCUCAAGAACACCGAUUACCCGCUGGUAGCUCGAAUCCUCCAGGGCCCAUGUGAGCAGGUCUCCAAAGUGUUUCUUAUGGAGAAGGACCAGGUGGAGGAAGUCACCUAUGAUGUGGCCCAGUACAUAAAGUUCGAGAUGCCUGUCCUUAAAAGCUUCAUUCAGAAGCUCCAAGAGGAAGAAGACCGGGAAGUCAAGAAGCUGAUACGCAAGUACACCGUGCUCCGGCUAAUGAUCCGGCAGAGGCUGGAAGAGAUGGCUGAGACCCCAGCAACAAUCUGAGCCACAAGAGGGAGGGGAUCCAGAUGCCACAGGGGCCGCCGCUGACAUGAGAAGACGCACAGGAAGGUUUCCUUCUGUGGAAACCUUUAGAUGCAGACCUCUCCAGCUCCCACCAAGCCACCAUUUGCUGCCCGGAGCAGGAUGGGGAAGCCAGCAGACAACUCCCCAUCCCUGGAACCCUGUGCUCCGCUCCUUUCUUUCACUCACAAGGACUUUUGAUUUUGUUAUAAGGACCCAAAAUGUGUGCAUGGGCGUGUGUCCGCACAUGAAUGCGUGCGUGCACUGUAAGUGUGUGUAUCCACGUGCCUACCUGACAUUCACAUGCCAUUGAAUUCCAAACAACCAGCACAAGUGCCACGGGGCUUGCAGGUAGGCUGGCCGAGACGGGGAAAAUCAGACGAGUCACCAAUCUGAGGGGUUUAAGUCGGAGGGAAGAUUUCUCUCCUCCAGUGCCAGGGAGCAAGCCACACAUGUUUAGAAGGGAGGGGAC